AUGACACAAAAACCUUUAGCGACGACAGACAGGCCACACGUCAUCGUAAUGCCGUGGCCAGCGCAGGGCCACAUCAACCCGGCCCUCCAGUUCUCGAAAAAGCUCGUCGCUAAAGGUCUCGCCGUCACCCUCGUCGUCUUUACCGACAAGAAGCUGAUCCUGCAGGGCUCGGCGGUGGGGUCCGUCGCCGUGGAGCUCAUCUCGGACGGCGGGCUCCCCCUUGACGAGCACUUCCUGGAGAAGUUCCGCAGCCUCGUUGAGCAGGGGCUGCGGGACUUCGUGACCAGGCUGCGCGGACCUGCAGGCACUGCUGCAGGUCCGUGCUGCCUGGUGUACGACUCGAUCAUGCCGUGGGCCCUCCACGUGGCGAAGGAGCUUGGGAUGGUCGGGGCGGCGUUUUUCACGCAGCCCAUGGCGGUUAAUGCCGUGUACUUGAACGUCGUGGAAGGGAGGCUGGAGGCUCCGCCGGCGGUGGACGAGAAUGGGUUGGUUGCGGUGGAGGGACUUUCGGAGACGGUAUUAUUAGCGACGGAUGAUCUCCCGUCGUUUGUUGCGGAUCCGGGGAGUUAUGCGGUGGCAAUUGACAUGCUGGGGGGACAGUUCUCCACCGUUAGGGAAGCCGAUUGGGCUUUUUGCAACACUUUCUAUAGCUUGGAAGAUAAGCUACUUGACUGGAUGAUGAAUAAGUUGAUCCCGAUAAAGUCGAUUGGUCCGACGAUUCCAUCAGCUUAUCUAAGCAACAAAGAACCAUUGGACCUCCCCAAGACAGGGUCGGAAUAUGGGCUCAACCUCUUCAACCCGGAUGGUUCGCAAACAUCCAUCACCCAGUGGCUCGACUCGAAGUCACCCGGUUCGGUCAUCUAUGCAUCUAUGGGGAGCAUAUCCGACAUUUCCAAAACCCAAACCACCGAACUCGCCCUAGCCCUGCAGCUCAGCUCUCGCCCUUUCAUCUGGGUGGUUCGUGAAUCCGAAGAAGAUAAACUCCCGCCUGACUUCCUCUUUGCAAUGGAUUCAUCAGACCAGCUUGUUGUGAGUUGGUGCCGCCAGGUGGAGGUCCUGGCCCACCGCUCCAUCGGCUGCUUCUUGACCCACUGCGGGUGGAACUCGACGAUGGAGGCGCUCUGCCUUGGGGUGUCGAUGGUGGCGUUGCCAGUGUGGGGGGAUCAACAGACAAACGCCAAGUUCGUGGCAGAUGUCUGGCGCGUGGGGGCGCGUGCAAGGGCUGACGUGGAGAGCGGGGUGGUGACGAAGGAGGAGAUAGGGCGACGGAUCAAGGAAGUGAUGGAAGGGGAGAGUGGCGAGGAGAUGAGGAGGAAUUCAGAGAAGUGGAGGAAAUUGGCAAGAGAAGCAGUUGCCGAUGGUGGGAGUUCGGAGAGGAAUGUUGAUGAGUUUGUGGCAUCACUGGUUAAAUGA